CCACGCGGAUGCGUGGCUGGCUGAUACCCACGGCAUAGGUUUCCGGCUUCGGCGUUGGGCGGUGAAGAUCAUGUCGUUUGUGAUCUCGGCUAACAGGCUCUUUAUGUUGACCCAGUCGUGCCGCCUCCGCAAAAUUAUAGAUGGGACCUUCGCAAUUAAACCCCUCUCAUCUCCAACCACGACUCCGUAUCGCUGCAAUCUUUCUUCAAAGAACAUACGAGUGGCUCUGGAUGCCGCGCUGCACCAAACCAAAUACUCUACUGCGGAGUGGUAUGAGGACCGCGAAUCGUUCAUUGUGUGGCUUCGGGAUAAACUCAAGGAUUCUGAGGUGUGCCACUGGAAACCCACGGUCCAUGCCGAGCUAGUCAUGAUUACAGCAAUGCUCAAGGGCGAACUCCAGGAAGUUUUGCCCUACAUCGGGGUCUCUAAACUUUCCUGCAUUAUGUGCAUCCACUAUAUCCAGGCCUUCAAUGAGGUUACAGGGAAACGGAUCGCUGUCAAAGGUUCUCAUGGGAAGGCCUACCCCGGGUGGUCCUGGCCUAGUCUUCCAUCCCACGACAGAGAAGUUUGCAGAGCCUUUUUAGAACUUAGCAGACAGCAGCUCUGGAGCGAUUUCAACUUGCAUGUAAAAUCCCGUAGAGGGCGACUCGGUUCCGAUAACAGCAUGGGAUCUCGUGUUCCGAGAUUGGAAUCAGUUGUAACAGCGGAUGAGAUUAGAGAAUUCUUCAGUCAUGAACUCAGUGAACCUAUGUAGUCAAUGCCCUUUGUUAGUGCGUGUAAAUGAUUAUGUAGUUUCGAUUGGGGAACAGCGACAGCCCCGAUAACCGCUGAGACUGUCAUGACCAUGUGCCCCGGCCUGAUCUCCGGCCAUUCCAAUGCCACCUGAGCCCGUCCCCGAUACACGAGCACGAGCGUGAGCGCCGACCUCAUCCCUAUCCUUGUCUUCAUCCUCCUCGAUGACUCCCUGAUGAGCUUUACAGUACGUAAGUAUCUGAUGCGGUUCGAAUGUUUCCAUCUCGAAACCAACAUUAGUAAACAAAUGCUGCAAGCAUCGUUGCUGCCGCUGGGCAACCAGGAAAUACUUACCGACUGUGUUUAUGACUUUUAUGGUCUAAGGCUAGCGGCAUCAGGAGUUGAUUCAAAAAUCAAGAUCUUUCGUCUCAAUGAGAGCACUGGCGAAUGGGC